GUCAAUGAGCGCGCCGAGGAUGUCAGGGUGUCAGUUUCAGAGUUGCCAAAGCUGGAAAUCAAGAAACAUGAAAGGGACUUGGCUCUUCUUCUGUCGGGGGAUUGGUUGGCGAUGAUUAGCCCUGCCAUGAAGGAUAUUUCGUCCACGAGCAGCAUAUGGUGGUCCCAGGCUGUGGAUGCAGCAACCUCUUACUAUCAGCACUGGUUGAUGUAUGACCCG